AGAAUAUUAGACUAAUGUCAACUCGUAUUGUAAUAUUUUUAUGUACAUAGUGUUUGAUCAGUUGAUAUAAUACAAUGAGAGAUGGAUAAAUGAGGCUACAGUUAUUGAUAAGUGCCCUGAAAAAGAUAAGAGGUUGUGUACUAAAUUAGGAAUCUGUUUUUCCAACUCUAAUAAACAUCCAAAAUUACAAGUUAAAUAGUGUGGUUUAGUAGUAAAAGAUAAUUCGUUCGGUUCUAAGAAAUUUAUCGCUUGUGAUCCUGUAAUACCACAAGAAGGAAUUCAUGAGUUUACAUUUUAGAUAAAUAAAAAUGGAGCAGUGUACGUUGGCAUGUGUAUUCUAGAUAAAAUCAACUUUGAGUCAGGAUAUGUGAAUAUUUGGGAUAACCACAACCACGGGUAAAAUAGAAAUUCUAAUAGAAUUAGAACAUAUCUAUUAUGUAAUGACGGUUUUGCUUUUUCCAAUGAUUCGCCUUAAGAAAACAAGGUAGAAACCCAUUUUAAGUUUCAAAAGAGUGACAAAAUUACAGUCUUUGUGAAUCAAACAACAAAAACAAUAAAAUGGCAUAAAUUUGGAACUAAUGAAAUUAUUGUAUAGCAUUUCAUAAAUAUGAAUAGUAAAUGAGGUUUAAAAAUAAUAAGAACUUGUAUCCUUGUUUGAUGAUUGAGGGUUAAAAAAUCACUAUUAUGGAUUGA